GCCCCCUCCCCCGCCCGCGGAGCGGAGCCGCCAGGGCUACCUGAAUGGGGCGGGGGCAGACGGCGCGCGGCGCGGCGGGAGCUGAGGGCGUCGAGGCUCCGGCUUGCGGUUCGGUGACGGCCAUGCUCAGCUUGGGUGCCGCGCUCCAGCGGGCUGCGGAGGACAGAAUGGAAGUGACUUGUGAAAAGCGCAAGGAGAGAAUGCACUCCUGGAAGAGUGACUACGAGGCGGUGGAGGCGCUCAUGGCUAUGAGCUGCAGCUGGAAGGCAGAUUUUAAGAAAUACCUGGAAAACAGACCUGUGACGCCAGCAUCAGACACCUCUGAGGAGGAGGGCCUGCUGCCCGGGACACCGGACUUCCACACCAUCCCCACAUUUUGUCUCACCCCGCCCUACAGCCCCUCUGACUUUGAACCCUCUCAAGUGUCAACUCUGAUGGCACCAGCGCCAUCUGCUGGACAUUUCAAGUCAUUGUCAGACGCCGCCAAGCCCCACAGUGCUGUACCUUUCAAAGAGGAAGAGAAGAGCCCUGCACUGGCCCUUAGACUUCCCAAGGCGCAGGCAACAAGCGUGAUCCGACACACAGCCGAUGCCCAGCCCUGCAGCCACCAGCCCUGCCCUGUGAAGACGACCAGCACCCAGAAUUACCAGGAUGGCUCUUUCCAGAGACUGCCCCACCCGAGUGCCGAGGUCACGAGGAAGACCGUGCCCUGCGCAGCUGUGUUGCCCAGCAGAGCCAAGUGCGAGCAGAAUGCACCAGUGGUUGUCAGUGACCAAGUGGCCACCACCCCUUGUAACUCCCCCGUGCCUUCCUUGGACACUGUCCUCCCCAGGGCCCGGCCCGGCUCCACAUCCCCGCAGCACCCCGCAGUGGCCUCUCCUCCUGCUGUGUCCACAGUGGGGGGGUCUCCACCACUGCCAGUCAUCUGCCAGAUGGUCCCCCUGCCUGCGCACAGCCCCAUGGUGACCACCGUCGUCCCCAGCGCUCCACCCAGCCAGCCGUCCCCUGUCUGCCCACCUGUGCUGUUCAUGGGCACCCAGGUACCCAAGGGCGCCGUCAUGUUCGUGGUGCCUCAGCCAGUGGUGCAGAACCCAAAGCCAGCACUGAGCCCACAUGGCACCAGACUGUCCCCCAUUGCCCCCGCACCUGGGCUCACGCCCUCUGCAGCUAAAGCAGCCCCACAGGUGGACUCCUCCAGGAUCCGGAGCCACAUCUGUGGGCACCCAGGCUGCGGCAAGACCUACUUCAAAAGUUCCCAUCUGAAGGCCCACAUGAGAACACACACAGGAGAGAAGCCGUUCAGCUGCAGCUGGAAGGGCUGCGAGCGCAGGUUCGCGCGCUCGGACGAACUCUCGAGGCACCGGCGCACGCACACCGGCGAGAAGAAGUUCGCCUGCCCCAUGUGCGAGCGGCGCUUCAUGCGCAGCGACCACCUGACCAAGCACGCGCGGCGCCACCUGUCUGCCAAGAAGCUCCCGAACUGGCAGAUGGAGGUGAGCAAGCUCAGCGACACCCCGCUGCCCCCGACACCCACGCCCGCACAGUGAUGCGCCGAGGCGACCCGAAACUCACGACUCACUUUGACUUUGUCACAGCCAGAUCGGGACAGGCGCCAAGUCUGCCCUGGUGGGAUCCAGAAGCAGGGACCCAUCCUGGAUAUUGUGGCAGGCAGAGCUGUGGCCGCCUGCAGGCCCCAGUGCAGUUGUCACUGCUGUCACACAAAGCACAGCUCCUCUGAGUGAUGGGUCCUGUCCAGGUCUCCGGGGGAGGUCUGUCACUCCCGUGCUUAGAGGUGGCACUUGGGGCCAGCCUCUGGAAGCGAUCCUCCUGGGCCCGGGUUCUGGAGCGCAGGCGGAGGUGCGGAUGAGCCUGGGGCAGUGGCGCCUGAUGGUCCGUCCACCACCGUGGGGUCAGGUGCUGACCACGCUGGCGCCGGCACUCAGGCAGAGAGGGCACGGGGCCCUUGGUAACUUGUUGCUUGGACAUGGAGCUACGGUUUCCCCACCACUUACUGUUUUGAGAGUUUAACAGAUGACUCUGUGUAGGCACUUUACUACGCUUCCCACUUCAGUUUGCCUGCAGUUUCUUGUGUAGAUCUGAAAACUGUGUCCCAAUGUGUUUGCGGUAGGCUCAGUUACCCGCACUUUGUUUAGGAAACGAACUCUGAAGAUAAACACAUAAGGUGAAGAAGGGAUGUGGAGAAUUUUAGGUGACUCCUUGAGAAGGACGGAGCAGAGUGGAUGUCAUGAGGAAGUGUGGUCGCUGAAUUACAAACUCGGUGGCCGUUACUCCUGGGCAGGCAAAGGUCCUGCUGAUUCUAAUUUCCUAGGAGUUUUUCAGAGACAUGGAAGGAGCGAGGCGGAACAUUUUUAGAACGUUUGAUUUUGUUAGCAGUAUUUCUGUUCUGUUUUGUGGUAUAGUGGGUGAUACAGCAGAAGAUACAAGUAAAUUCUUUGAAAUACAUUGUGAAAAAUGUCACUAUCUGAACAUACAAAAUUUUGUCUGUAUUUUGGGUGUAGAUUUUUGACAUCAAAACUUGGACCCUUGGAAGAAUUUUCUGUUAAAGAAAAAAUCCUCAUGAGAAUUUGCACAGUAUUUCUUUUGUUGUACUUGUUGUUUACAAUAAAGAAUUUCCUUUGCUAUA